AGCACUGCGAGAGGUCUCCUUGCAAGGUGACAAGACUUCUUUGUAGAAUUAAAAUUUAAAAUAAUAUUUGAUUGCACAAAACUAGUACACAGGAUCGUAAAUUGUAACAGUACAAAAAUACGAGACGAAAAUUCAAGGAAGCUUUUACGAGUUGCUAUUGCAUUUAAUAACAAAAAAGUUUGCUAUCUAUUUAAUCCACAUACAUUAUUGUAAAAUACUAGACGUUCUGUACUGUUCGUACUUAACUUUUGACGUUAGUUAUAUUUCUUAUGUUGGCGACAUUGUAGAGGCCAUUAAUGUCAUAAGUCUCCACUUCCGUUUCGUUCUUUUUGGUGUAGAAUAAAAAUCUGUAAAGAUGGGUCGUAUGCACGCUCCUGGUAAGGGUAUAUCCCAAUCAGCGCUUCCCUACAGACGGACGGUGCCUUCAUGGCUGAAAUUGAAUGCCGAGGAUGUGAAAGAACACAUCAAGAAAUUGGGCAAAAAGGGCAUGACUCCUUCCAAAAUCGGUAUCAUUCUUCGUGAUUCGCAUGGUGUUGCGCAGGUACGCUUCGUCAAUGGUAACAAAAUUCUGCGUAUCAUGAAAUCCGUUGGCUUGAAACCCGACAUCCCUGAGGAUUUGUACCAUAUGAUCAAGAAGGCUGUUGCUAUCCGCAAGCAUUUGGAGCGUAAUCGCAAGGAUAAGGAUGGUAAAUUCCGUUUGAUUCUGGUUGAGUCAAGAAUCCAUCGUUUGGCUCGUUAUUAUAAGACAAAGAGUGUUCUGCCACCUAACUGGAAAUACGAAUCUAGCACCGCCUCGGCUUUGGUUGCCUAAAUGCAUACAUCGGUGAUCUAUAUUCGUAGGGAUGUUUCGUUUUUGUAUUUAAAAGUGAAAUAAAAAAAAUGUAAAAUACAACUAAA